AUGACAAGCAGCCCCUUAUCACAUGUCGGCGAGCUGACGGCAGCACAAGUCGUCGCUGGCAUUGUUCUCGUGUGGCUGCUCAUCCGCUACCUGAGUGCGAAGAACCUCCGUCAUAUCCCGACUGAGGGUGGACCCUCUUUGCCAAUCCUAUCUUUCGUCGGGCUUUACAACUUCCUUAUCCAUGGAAGAGAGCUCUUGCAGCGGGGUUAUCAGAAGCACAAGGGCAGAACUUUCAAGGUCGCUAUGGUGGAUCGCUGGCUCGUUGUGCUCUCCGGCAAGAAGUUGAUCGACGAGCUGCAGAAGAUGCCGGACGACAUGGUGUCAUCCGCUACGACAGAGGUUUUCGGGAUACAUCAUGUAUUCGACUCUAACUGGCACAUAGACCCCGUUCAUGUGCCAAUACUGCGAAGUCUCACACGCAAUCUCACAUUGGUGUUCGAGGACAUGUUUGACGAGCUCAUCAUAGCCUUCCGGGAGCACUUUCCCGCGAACAGCGACCGUUGGUUUCCAGUCCAUGCUUCUCCUGUCAUGAGAACAAUCGUUACACGUGCCGCGAACCGCGUAUUUGUCGGCAUGCCUACUUGUCGAGACAGUGGCUAUGUGCACAUGGUGGUACACUUCGAAGAGGACGUAAGCAAAGCUGUGGGGCUUCUCACAAUAUUUCCCAGCUUUAUGAAACACGCUGCUGGAAGGAAGGCCACGGUCAUCGACAAACGCGUUCAGCAGUGCCUUGACUACCUGCGGCCGGCUAUCAACGACCGGAUGGCUAUGAGGACUAGGUUUGGGGAGGACUGGGCAGAUAAGCCGAAUGAUUUUUUGCAGCGGGUUAUCGACGAAGUUGUAGCUCGGAAUCAGGGGCCAGAAGAGGUCGCGCGCAUAGUACUGUUCAUCAACAUCGGGGCUAUUGGGUCGAUCUCGGCUGCCGUAAUCCAAGCCUUGUACGACAUCUCUGCGCGUCCCGAGCUCGCCAACACGCUCCGAGAAGAGGUUGAGGCAGCUGUGGCCGAAGAAGGCUGGACGAGAGUCGCCACAAACAAGAUGCGCAAGCUCGACAGCUUCCUGCGCGAGUGCGUGCGGCACAAUGGCCCUACCAUCGGGUCGAUGUUCCGCAACAUCCUGCAGCCGGUGACGCUCUCGGAUGGGACGUUCCUUCCCAAGGGCACGACGGUCGUCACGCCGACAUUUGCGACACAUUACGACGAGGAGAACUAUCCGAACGCGACCCUGUUCGAUCCGUUACGGUCUUACAAGAGUGACAAGGCCGUGCAGCCACGGCUGAUUACCACGUCCGCAGACUACGUAACGUUCGGUCAUGGCAAGCAUUCGUGCCCUGGUCGAUUCUUCGCCUCCAACCAGCUCAAAACUAUGUUAGCACAUAUUUUGAUAAACUAUGACGUCAAACCCGAGUACGAGGGCGUCCGCCCUGAGAGCUCGCAGAGGGGCCUGGCCUAUGACCCGAGCAAUACCGCACGUGUGUUAUUCAGGAGGAGGCGGGUCGACUAG